AAAAACUUGGCGUAGUUGUUCUUGGUAUUGGCUAUAUAAAAGCUGUUCGUUCCUGUAAUGGUCGGCUCAUUGUAAGCCCAGAACCCUCAUUCGUAUAAUGGCUGCGUCCAGCGUGCCAAAACUUUACUAUAGUGUAAUAGAAGAUGUCAUAGCAAGUGUUCGAGAAGCCUUUAUUGAUGAAGGUGUUGAUGAACAAGCCUUAACAGAAUUAAAACAGGUAUGGGAAAGAAAACUACAAGAAUCAAAAGCUAUUGAGAAAGAAGUUGAGCAAAUUUCAAGCAAAAAUACUACACAAAAUGCACUGCAACCUGUUCAACAACAAACGACUAGUAUAGGGGGAGCUGCUAUUACCCAUCAGUUAGCUAUGCCUACUGGAAAUCUAGUUCCACAAACUUUGUUGCAAUAUGCCGCACCCAAUUCUGGUGAAGUUCAGAAAACUAUGGCAUUAAAUCCUUUACAGAAAUUGACUCUUACUGUACCUGCUCAUUUAGCUCAGUCUGGUCUGCAAACCCUUGUUUCUGCUGCUCCAGGAACUACCGCAGUUCAACUUCCUGCUGAUUUAGCAUCUUUAUUUCAGGGUAAUGUCAUCACAUCUAAUCAUAUGCAACAUGGUGGACAGCAAAUUGCUAAUGUUCAUUAUCAAACUUUGACCUCUGAACAAUUAAAAAAUGCUCAGCAAUUUACAGUUACUAUACCUGUGUCUUCUCAAUCACAGCCAACUGGUGUUAUUGGUCAACUUGAUGGUGCUGAUGACACUAGUGAUGAUGAUGAUGAGGACGAUUUUCAAGAUAAUGAUGAUGAUAGAGAUGAUGAUAAUGAUGAACAAAUUGAAGAUGAUCAAGGGGAAGAAGAUGAGGAGCCAUUGAAUUCUGAUGAUGAUGUAAGUGAAGAUGAUCCAACUGAUCUUUUCGAUACUGAAAAUGUAGUAGUUUGCCAAUAUGAUAAGAUUACCAGGAGUAAAAAUCGUUGGAAAUUUCAUCUUAAAGAUGGUAUAAUGAAUUUACAAGGAAAAGAUUUUGUCUUCCAGAAAGCUUUGGGUGAUUCUGAAUGGUAGUCUAUCUGCAAUUUUUUAUUUUCCCCACUGUAUUUGUUGUGUGACAAUCUUCAUCAAUCUCAGUAUUGACUUCCAAAGUUUGAUAUGGUUACCAAUAUCCAAGGUUGGAGCAAGUACUGUAACCAGAGAAAAAUGGUAUGAAGGAGCACUGCUGAUUGGUACUGUCAAAUCCAGUGAUGCAAUUAUUCCAAGUGUUCACUCUUAAACAGGAAGUUUCUUGUUAUUUUAUCUCUUCAUGCAGUGCUUUAUUUCUCCGAAGAAUGCAGCAAGUUGUGUUCUUUUUCGUUCUCCAAGUCAUGAGAAGACAUAUUUCUUCAAUCCUAGAAAUGUGAUUGCUUUUAGAAAGCAAUAUGAAAACUGUUGUCAGCAAUCUUAUGUGAAAAUUUCUUAUAAUUCAAUCAUAAAGGCAACUAUUAAAUUUUUAUGCUGUAUACCAUACAUGUCUCAUACCAUUUCAAAUCUGUUGUAACUUUCUGUUCCUGUUAUUUCUUGUAUUUAUUUUUUAAGAGAAUUUAGAACAACUUUUGUAAAGAUAUUUACUUGAAUAAAUUGGUUGACAUUAAACCAAUUUGAACUUGUUAAAUAUUAAUUAAUUUUCAUAUAGAAAAUGAUUGUCUUAUAAAUAUUUGCUUAGGCAAAAAAA